UGGUGGGAAGGCCGGGCUGUCUGCGGAGCUCGCUGGUCCGAGUGUCCCGCAUCGGGUUGCGCGCGGAUCCGGAGCGGCCGCGGCCAGCGCAGGCUUGGCGCCCAGUUCUCGUGUGCGUGUGGGGCUCCCGCGGCUGAGCCUGGUCGCUCCGUGUAGCGCCAUGUCCAAGCCACCUCCCAAACCGGUCAAACCAGGGCAAGUUAAAGUCUUCAGAGCUCUAUAUACAUUUGAACCCAGAACUCCAGAUGAAUUAUACUUUGAAGAAGGAGACAUUAUCUACAUCACUGACAUGAGUGAUACCAGCUGGUGGAAAGGGACAUGCAAGGGCAGAACAGGACUGAUCCCGAGCAACUAUGUGGCUGAGCAGGCAGAAUCCAUUGACAAUCCAUUGCAUGAAGCUGCAAAAAGAGGCAACCUGAGCUGGUUGAGGGAGUGCUUGGACAACCGGGUGGGUGUGAACGGCCUGGACAAAGCUGGAAGCACAGCCCUGUACUGGGCCUGCCACGGUGGCCAUAAAGACAUAGUGGAGGUUCUGUUUACUCAGCCGAAUGUGGAGCUGAACCAGCAGAAUAAGCUGGGAGACACAGCUCUGCACGCGGCUGCCUGGAAGGGUUAUGCAGACAUUGUCCAGUUGCUACUGGCAAAAGGUGCGAGGACAGACUUGAGAAACAAUGAGAAGAAGCUGGCCUUGGACAUGGCCACCAACGCUGCCUGUGCAUCGCUCCUGAAGAAGAAGCAGCAGGGAACAGAUGGGGCUCGAACGUUAAGCAACGCCGAGGACUACCUCGAUGACGAAGACUCAGACUGAUUCCCCCCGGGGCCGCUUUGAUUGUUGCCUAAACUUCUUUUGCUUUUGCCAUUCCGGAGCCUGGGUUGUUUGCCAGAAGAGUAUUGAUAACUGUUGCUUUUAAAGUCUGUAUGAGCGCGACACUGCUGCACUGUGAUCUGUGAGGAGUCGUUGUGAGGGUGGGUCAUUCUCACCCACGCCUUGCCAAUAAGUGAAGAGAUACUUUGUUGUAUAAAAUACAUAUAUGCUCACCAGGGUAAAAUAAACGAAAAAAAAUUAUUUCUAUUUAUCAAGCUAAAGGAAUUGUAAUAGUUUUUUUUCUUUUAAAAAAAAUCAUUUUUUUAAGUUCUUUACCUCAAGGAAUGAGAUGUUUUGAGUGGGUUUUUCAAGGGGGAAAUGGUUAUUAUAACAAUAGACCAAAACUCUCAACAGAAAAUUGUCAGCUCUUCUGACAAAAAUAAACAUUUAAAGAGAUUUUAUUAUCUGUUUUUGUGCUAUCACUCAUUGCUGGUAAAUAAAGCUUUCUAUACUCAGGUAAGAACCGAUUCGAUGUUACUUUUAGAUCACAUUUGAUAUUGAUUAGCACAGAAGAAUCACAAUGCUGUGUUCCUCUCACAGCUUCCUAGUUUUGUUUUGUUUUUUUUCCGAGACAAUGUUUCUCUGUGUAGCCCUGGCUGUCCUGGAACUCACUCUGUAGACCAGGCUGGCCUCGAACUCAGAAAUCCACCUGCCUCUGCCUCCCAAGUGCUGGGUUUAAAGGCGUGGGCCACCACCGCCUGGCUCACAGUUCAACACAGAACACAAUUGCAUAUCUAAGAAAAGAUAACACUUUAACAAUUACGAUAUACUCAGAAUUAUAUUCAGGGUAGUACCUAGACUGUAGAACCUCAGUGACCUCAUUUCAGUUUGAUUAAAGUGUGGAAGCUU